AUGGCAGUUCUUCGAUGCUUGGCUGCAUUGACUUUGGCCGUUGGGGCUAACGCUCUCACGUACAACACCUUCGACGGUCCCGGCUUCCCAGCCUGUAAUAACGUUUCAACCGUUCAUGACGCCACUAGUGUCAAGGACAUCCAAAACACCGUUCAAAAUGCCAUCAAAGCAGGCCAGCGAGUUCGCGCGUCUGGAAAAGCACACAUGUGGUACGACACAAUGUGUUCCGACGAUCCCAACACCGUCAUCAUUCGUACAGAGAAUGUCAACAAGAUCUACGAUCUAGACCUCGACGCAGGUACUGUGAUGAUCGAAGCUGGUGUGACAUUCCUGCAGCUCGCAGAUUAUCUGCACCAGCGCGGUGCAUCUGCGGGAUAUACCCUUGUCAAUUGGAACAUCACUCUUGCCGGCUGUGUAGCCAUGGGUGCGCAUAGGUCUUCUAUUCGUGAAGAUUCUAUGGUUGCGGCUGGUGUUUUGGCCCUGGAUAUCAUCGAUGGUAAUGGAGAGUUGAGACACUUGGAGCGUGAUGAUAGUGAUGAGUGGCUUGCUGCCUCGACAUCUCUUGGUCUCCUCGGUGUUAUUGUGAGAAUGAAGUUCAAGAUCUAUCCCGAUUUCAAGGUCUACGCUGAUCAGAAGACUCUCGAUGAGGCUGAUGUUCUUGACGGGGAUAUCUACGGUAUGAUUUCGCCGUAUGCCACAGCUAAUCUUUGGUGGUGGCCUCACAAGAAGAAAUUCCACUGGCGGUACUAUGACGUCAUUCCCACCAAUCAAAGCGACCAAGAAGGUUUCCAGAAUACAUUCUCAAUCACCAAACUCGAAGCCGGCGCCAUCACAGCACUAUGGAACACCGGAAAAGGCGUCGCUCUCUCCAAUCUCCUCGCAGAAGAGAUCCUCUUCGGACAAUGGGAAAACCCCAACUUUCGCGAAAAGACGACCAACGAACCCAUCACCAAGUGGCCCGUCUACGGAUGGAACUACGACGUUCUCAUCGGUGGUUUGUAUCCUGACCAAAAGCCAGUUUGGGAAUAUGGUAUCCACGGUUAUACUCUGGAACUUGCGUUCCCCGUGACUCAAGCGAAUGCAAUGCUCAAACGUGUUCGUCAGCUUUUUGACAACGAGGCUAAGAAACUUAAGUUUAUGGCAUCGACUUAUAGAAGCGGCAUCAACAUCAAGUUCGGCAGACCGUAUUUCGAUCUUCUUGGUCAGGUGACCUACGGUACCUCCGAUGGUGCCAACUGGGAUAAAGGUGCUAUCAUGUUGGAUUUUCCAUCUUACAAACCAAGCAUCGGCGAUGGACUGCGAUACAACGAGCCAUUUUAUCACAAGCUCGCGGAAACACUCAUUGAUGAAUUCCCGUGUCGCCCGCAUUGGACCAAGAAUACAAGAGAGGUAUUUGAGCGCUCUGCUAAGAAUCUCGACCCUGAUCAUAUUGCUCGUUUCAAGGCAGUUCGAGAGAAGUUUGACCCAGAUGGUAUCUUUCGCAGUGUUGUUGGUGAGGCGAUUGGCGUAUAUUGA